UUGAUUCUAAAAAGAUGCAAACAUAGAAAAUUUUCGCUUGAAGUUAUUCUUCUUUCUCGCUAAAGACCUUUUGAAAUAAACUACAUUCACUGAUACAAAAUCAACAUGCAAGGAUUAAAUUUGGCUAGCUUAAAGAAGAAUCCAGCGUUGAUUCCUCUCUACAUUUGUGUUGGAGCUGGAAUGUUUGGAGCAUUUUUCUACACUAUGAGACUCGCAAUCAAAAACCCAGACGUCUCAUGGAGACGCGGUGCAAAUCCAGAACCAAAUGAAGAAUAUCGCACGAAGCAGUAUAAGUUCUACUCUCCAAUUAGAGACUAUUCCAACAUUGACUCACCAGCUCCAAAAUACAAAGAUUAGAAAACUAAAUCUGCUUAAAUUAAUAUCCGCGAAGACAUCUUCAACAUGAGAGAAAUCGAGGAGAGUUUGGAUUAAAUGAUGGAAAAUCGAAAUGUAGUCUUUGUGUGGUUCAAGUAAUAUUAAUGUAAAUAUAAUCGGAAAUCAAAUAAAAGUUCGAUUAAUUGAAAGUUCA